AUGGGCUUUCCAGUUGCUGAAAGUCAAAGUACCCCUCAUUUGUCUCGCCACACAGUGUGUCUCGCUACGCAACCACCAAUACAACAUUAUUCCAUUGCACCACCGCCAAGCUUACAAAUGCAUACUCCAGAACGGUUGCGCUUCAACCUCCCUGUAGAUCGCCCCUACCGUGAGAACUCAACCACCCCUAAUUUUAAAAGGAAGUUAUUUAUGCAACUGAUUGUCCCGCUUUGUAAUGAAUCUAAGGUCAACGACUCCGCGACUGAGAAAUUGUUGCAGUCCGGCGGAGGUGGGAGAAAUUUCUCCGCAUUCUCCAUAAUCACACAACGUUUCACAGACCACCAAAGGGCUGUCAUGCCGCUGGCUGAUGCUAAAAAAACAUUUUCAAUCCUGGACACUAAUUGUAAAUCUGAAAAGGAGAGCGAAAGAGGCUCUACGCGCAUGAUGGUGUGCCGCUACAGCCUUUGGAUGCCCAUUGCCUUGAUGUUGUUCUCUGAGAUGCUACCGCCAGUCAUGAUGUGUAGUAAGGGACUUCUGCAUCUGUUUGCAUUCUGCCGUGGACCUUUAGAUACAACGGCUCCCCUAAGGAAUGACCCAUGUUACAUACCGAAAGGUUCCUUUGUUGCUGCCUAUCGUUGCACUCCAUGGAACUUCGACCGUUGCUGGUGGUUGUUACAAAGGUUAGACGGAUUGCGAGCCUCACUUGCCCAAUCACCGUCACCAUUCCGCAAACUCUCCGGCCGUGCUGUGAUUCCAGCUGAGGGCUCUCUCUUACUCCGAACUCUCGAUCUUCUCGCUUUUACAAUCAUUCGGGAUAUAAACGCAAAUAUUUCACAUUUCACUGAUCAAUCAGGAGAACGGAGUGCGAACCUUGGUUGGGGUUUAUUCCGGCCUACCUAUUCUCCAUAG